AUGGCUGACUCGAAGUAUGUCGACUUUGACCAGAAGGACUUUGUCUACAAAACUGUCAACAACCACGAGAUUUCCACUACUGUCCUCCUCCCAAAGAACCUCAAGCCUGGAAAACACCCUUUGCUUGUCCAUUUCCACGGCGGAUUUCUGAUAUGCGGCUCUAAACUUUACGAAGAAUGGCACGCAACAUGGACGAUCCAACUAGCAGCACAGAAGAAUGCUAUCCUAGUCACACCAAACUAUCGUCUAUUGCCCGAAGCAAACGGCAGACAAGUGCUCGACGACAUCUCGGACUUUUGGUCGUGGGUAAAGACGUCUUUGCCAAGAGAAGUAGCAAAUAUGGCGACCGGAGUAGUAGCGGACACAGACAAUGUACUUGCCGCAGGAGAGUCUGCAGGUGGAUACCUAGCUAUUCAAUCAGCACUGCUGCACCCGGAUGCAGGCAUCAAAGCAGUGAUAUCACAAUACGGCAUGCUUGACAACAAAAUCGCACACUUUACGCAAAAGGGAGAAAAGCACAUGGCUGGGGCGCCUCAGCAACCCGAGUCUGAAGUUGAUGAUUACAUCAGGGAUAUGAAGAAAGGAGCAGUCAGGACGGAAACUCAUCCUUGGGAGCUGUGGUUGUUUAUCUGUGCUGUCGUUCAGGCCGGCCGUUAUCUGGAGUUUUUGGGUGAUGCAGAAGGCGUGCAUGCGAUUGACAAUCUUGAGACAGCUAAGAACGUCCCUGCUUGCUGGAUCGUCCAUGGCAAGGAAGAUUCGCUGGUGCCCAUUGAAGCCUCGAACAACUUUGUGGAUAAGCUCAAGCAAACACAUCCUGGGACGCCGUUGAGAUACACGAUACAACCUGGCGAGCAUGGUUUCGAUGGCGCAGUGACCAUGGACGCAGAGUGGGUCAAGGAAGGCUGUGCUUGGCUUGAACAAUACUGGCCAUGA